GGAAAGCUGGAGGAAAAGCUGGGAGAGGCUCACCGGGGUGGUGGUGGGGAAACACCAUCGCUUUGGGGCGGUUUAAAUGAAGCCUGUGGGUUUGCCUUUUGUAGCGCUGUCACCCGUGUGACCCCGCGGGGCCCGGCCUGUGGCUGCAGGUGUUUGUGCCCGCACAAAGCAUGAGCUGCAGAAUUUUGGGAAGCAGAAACAUCCCCGGUGUCCCAGCUGUCCCCGAGAACUCCUAAGCCCGGGUACACCUGGCUGAGCCGGUCACCUUUGGAUUUCCCUUGGAUCCGAGGCUCCGGAUGGGAACGCGGCUCCGAUGAUGUGCUUCAUCCUUUUGUCAUAGGACUUCAUUUGCUGAAAGGAUAACUAAAGGCCGCGCCAAUGGAGCACAUCCAGGGAGCCUGGAAGACCAUCAGCAAUGGGUUUGGGCUGAAGGAUUCUGUCUUUGAUGGCCCCAACUGUAUCUCACCCACCAUCGUGCAGCAGUUCGGGUACCAGCGCCGCGCCUCCGACGACGGCAAAAUCUCGGACACGUCCAAAACCAGCAACACCAUCCGCGUGUUCCUGCCCAACAAGCAGCGCACCGUGGUGAAUGUGCGAAAUGGGAUGACCUUGCAUGACUGUCUCAUGAAGGCACUGAAAGUCAGAGGUCUGCAGCCAGAAUGCUGUGCAGUUUUUCGACUUCUUGCUGAACCAAAAGGAAAGAAAGUGCGUUUGGAUUGGAACACAGAUGCUGCCUCCCUGAUUGGAGAGGAGCUGCGAGUGGACUUCCUUGACCACGUCCCACUCACCACACACAAUUUUGCUCGGAAGACAUUUCUGAAGCUUGCCUUCUGUGACAUCUGCCAGAAGUUCCUGCUCAAUGGCUUUCGGUGUCAGACGUGUGGCUACAAAUUCCACGAGCACUGCAGCACCAAGGUGCCAACCAUGUGUGUGGACUGGAGCAACAUCAGGCAGCUCUUAUUGUUCCCAAAUUCAAAUAUCAGUGACAGUGGUGUCCCUGCACUACCUCCCUUGACAAUGAGACGGAUGCGGGAGUCUGUCUCCCGGAUACCUGUUAGCUCCCAGCACAGGUAUUCUACACCUCAUGCCUUCACUUUCAACCCAUCCAACCCUUCCUCUGAGGGCUCUCUGUCCCAAAGACAGCGCUCCACAUCCACCCCCAACGUGCACAUGGUCAGCACCACGAUGCCUGUGGACAGCCGGAUCAUCGAGGAUGCAAUUCGAAGCCAUAGUGAAUCAGCCUCACCCUCUGCUCUGUCUGGAAGUCCUAACAAUAUGAGCCCGACUGGCUGGUCUCAGCCUAAAACCCCAGUCCCAGCCCAAAGAGAGAGAGCCCCUGCAUCUAACACACAAGAAAAAAACAAAAUUAGGCCUCGUGGCCAGAGAGAUUCCAGUUAUUACUGGGAAAUAGAAGCCAGUGAAGUGAUGCUCUCCACCAGGAUAGGCUCAGGCUCCUUUGGGACAGUUUACAAGGGCAAGUGGCAUGGGGAUGUAGCAGUGAAGAUCCUAAAGGUUGUAGACCCAACCCCAGAGCAGUUCCAGGCUUUCAGGAAUGAGGUGGCUGUCCUGAGGAAGACCCGGCACGUGAACAUCCUGCUCUUCAUGGGCUACAUGACCAAGGACAACCUGGCCAUUGUCACGCAGUGGUGCGAGGGCAGCAGCCUCUACAAACACCUGCACGUGCAGGAGACCAAGUUCCAGAUGUUCCAGCUCAUCGACAUCGCGCGCCAGACCGCGCAGGGCAUGGACUAUUUACACGCAAAGAACAUCAUCCACAGAGACAUGAAAUCCAAUAAUAUAUUUCUUCAUGAAGGCCUCACAGUGAAAAUAGGAGACUUUGGUCUGGCAACUGUAAAAUCCAGGUGGAGUGGAUCCCAGCAGGUGGAGCAGCCCACGGGCUCCAUCCUGUGGAUGGCCCCCGAGGUGAUCCGGAUGCAGGACAGCAACCCCUUCAGCUUCCAGUCAGAUGUCUACUCCUAUGGAAUAGUGUUAUAUGAGCUGAUGACAGGAGAGCUGCCCUACUCCCACAUCAACAACAGAGAUCAGAUCAUUUUCAUGGUUGGCCGGGGCUACGCGUCCCCAGACCUCAGCAAGCUGUACAAGAACUGCCCCAAGGCCAUGAAGAGGCUCGUAGCAGAUUGUCUGAAGAAAGUCAGGGAAGAACGACCUCUGUUCCCACAGAUCCUCUCCUCCAUCGAGCUGCUGCAGCACUCUCUGCCCAAGAUCAACCGCAGCGCCUCGGAGCCGUCCCUGCACCGCGCCGCGCACACCGAGGACAUCAACGCCUGCACGCUGACCUCCACCAGGCUGCCCGUGUUCUGAGCCCUGCCUGGGCUGGGGCAGCACCAGGAGCUCCAGCUGUGCCCCCCCGUGCCAGCUGUGCCCCCUGUGCCAGCUGUGCCCCCUGUGCCAGCUGUGCCCCCCACGCCUCCGUGCCCGGGCUCCUCCCGCGGGACCCUCGGCCCCGCUUGUACAAAGAAGCUGCUCCGGAUUCGUGCAGUUCUCAGCCUGCAGGGACACAGCUCCUCAUUGCCUUGCUACCAUCUCUUGUUCUGGGAGAGGUAACAGACUACGAAUCAAGAGAUCUAUUACUAUUUUUUUAAUAGAUGCACUUGAGCCUUAUUUCCCCCUUCCCAGAAGCGAUGGCUGUUUCUUUGGCAGUGGUUGUGGCUGGGUUUGCCCAGCGAGGUGGCUCUGAGGACAGGAGAUGUUCUGGUGCUCUGACUGCCCCGUGCCAAGUGCCACCUCACCCCGGGGAGCUGUGCCUGGAGUGGGAAGAGGAAAGAACUCUGGAAAUCAGCUCCUGCCUAAGAGCUUCACCAAGCCAAUGAAAUAAGUUCAAAUGCUAAUUCAACACAAAAUAGUUUUGCAAUAGUUUUGCACAUAGAAGAAAAACUCUUGCAAAAAGGAUGGAAUCUGUUGUGAAUUGUCCUGCUCAGAGAAGGAGGUGAGCCAGCCCUGCUUUGGUCAUCUUGAGAGGCCUCCCAGCUGCCUUUGGUACUAGGGACGUGUUCCUGCAGCCCGGGGUGAGCGAGGAGGGCUGGGCUGGGCUGGAGAAGGCUGAGGGAUGUCCCCACCUCCUGCACAGGCUGCAUCCCAGCUGUCGUCCAAGAGAUGCACUAGCAAGAGGAAACUGAGCAUAUACAGUUUUUCUUGUUGAUUUGGGUUUUAAUUUUGUUUUUAUUGCUCCUGAGAAAAUGCAUUUAUUGUAAGCCAAGGAUCCUCUGAUUAUCUUAUUUUAAUAAAAUAAAUUAAAUUUUAGGUUUAA